GCUGAGGGUUCAGAGAAUCUGGCCAGGGAGAGGAGCCGUCAGGUUAUAGGGAAACCUGGGUCUAAGGAGCCAAGAUCAACUGUUUGGGUGCAUAGUAUGCACUGGAGUCAUCAGGCGGGAAAAUGUACGUGAGUUAUCUCUUGGAGAAGGACACCAGUAUGUACCCGAAUUCCGUAAGACACUCAAGCCUAAACCUGAACCCUCAGAAUUUUGUCCCCACACCUCCUCAGUAUCCAGACUUCACAGGAUACCAUCACGUCCCUGGAAUUCCCAGCGACCCUCACCACAGCCAGACAGGAGCCUGGAAUCCCGCGUACCCUCCUCCGCGAGAGGAAUGGACACCUUACGGGCCGGGAACUGGAGCUUCGACCUCGAGCACUGGUCAGCUGGGCUUCAGUCCUCCAGAGUUUUCAUCUGUUCAAGCGUCCGGCCUUCUCCCAUCCUCCAUAAACACAUCAGUCGGUCAGCUGUCGCCCAACUCACAGAGACGGAACCCCUACGACUGGAUGCGUCGGAGCGCGCCGCCGCCAAACUCAGGGGGGAAAACCAGAACAAAAGACAAAUAUCGGGUAGUGUACACGGAUCAUCAGCGACUGGAGCUGGAGAAAGAGUUUCAUUACAGCCGUUACAUCACAAUAAGAAGAAAGGCAGAACUGGCGACCGCACUCAGUCUGUCAGAGAGACAGGUGAAGAUCUGGUUCCAGAACCGGCGUGCUAAAGAGAGGAAAGUCAAUAAAAAGAAAAUGCAACAGCCGCAGCCGGCAUCCACGACCACACCGACCCCCCCUGGAUCAGCUCUGCCUGGCAAUGUUGCAAUGGUGACCAGCAGCAGCGGUGGCCUGGUAUCACCAUCCAUGCCAAUGACUAUCAAAGAAGAGUACUGAAGUUUAUACAGAGCCCUUUUACACUUUUACACACAGGGUACUUUCAAAUCAACUCACCAUGAAUGGAGCAACCGUGACAAAGACUGAAAUAAAAAGUAGUCCAUUGAAAAAUAAUGCAGCAACAUUCUGAAAUGGAUGAGAAAAACGUUGUGUUUUUCCUCUGGUCGUGUCGGUUUCUUUAUUCUAAUACUUUAUUCCUGCUGGUGUUAUGCUCAUCACUGUAAACUUUAAUAUGUUUUGAGAUUGUGAAAGUGAAUUAAAAAAAAAAGUGUACUUCUUAAGUGAUUUGUAUGAAUAAAAUAAAUGUUUUAUCGUGGCAAAUCGAUUCAUUCCAGACUUGCCAUGGAGAAACCAUCCAUUUUCAUAUCUGUUCAACUGUGUCUUCCCUCAGAUAUCAGAAACAGCAGUUUGUGUCCAGCAUUGAUUUGUCAGCUUUAUUGAAGGUGUUUCCAUUUUCACCCAGAGUGCUACUGCUCUGUGUAAAGCAUUGAGGAAAAUGUCAGAUGUGUUUUAUCUGCACUUCAUCGAAAUGGAGAAGCGCAGGAGAACAACGACUAGCGUGUGAGUGAAUAGACAGCACUAGAACAGGAGCUGGUGCUGUUUGCACAGUGUAACGGCAUCGCUGGAUAAGAGACGAGUGCACGCUGAGAAACUGUGAGCUAUUUCAUUAUCAAGCACACUCUGGACUCUCUUAUCAUCGGUGGGACAGAGAAGCUCAGCUUGACGGGCAGCACAUAUCUCCUCUAUACAGCGCCGCUGCAGCAGGACCUGUUUUAUGACCACGUUAACAAAGCCAGGGUGUGGCGUCCAAAGGCCGAGGCGAAGGGACUGUUGAGCAAACAAUAUGCAUCUGUCUGCGAACUUGAUGUGUAGUGUCCAUAUGUCCAUCUUCAUCUUUGUGAACGGUAUAUUUAGGUUAGAGAAGAUACUGUGAUCAGUCUUUAGCUCAUCAUGGCCAUGCUUCAGAAAUAGACUUUAUAUUCUGUCGGACACAGAGUGAAUUAUCUUAUCUUAAAACGAUGGCACAUUUCAUUAAUGUGCUAACGCAUAUAGGAGCAGAAUAACUGGGCUUUGCUAUGUACCUCUGUGUAUAUCAUUUAUAUACAACUAUUUUUUUUAUAUGCAAAAUUAAAUACUGUGAUAACACGUGAAGUUGAAGUGAAAUCAUGAACUUGAACUUUUGUUAAAUAAUAUUGACAUAGUGAUGGCACUAAAUUAUUCAAGGUACGAAACCAAUAUAUUGUGAGUCCUCAAAGUGAAAAUUUAACAAUUUUAUCCAUACGAGACAAAUGUAGCGGCAUUGCACGUGUCUUUGAAAGUAUUCUGUUUAAUAAA